CGUAUAGGUGGCAGCACCAGCCUACUCAGCGGCGUCAUAGUGCCCGGUGGUAGUGACAACCCUAGUAAUAGUAGUAACAACCAACAACAACAACAACAACAAGUAGAACAACAGCCAACAUCACAACACCAACUCCAACAACAACAACUCCAAAUCCAACAACAACAUCAUUCCACACUACAUAACCCACAACAACAACAACAACAACUGCACCAAGAACGUGAACGAGACCGAGAACGUGAACGUGAACGCGAACGUGAACGUGAACGUGAACGUGAGAGAGAUAGAGAUAGAGAGCGUAGCAGCAAGGCGAGUGAUCUACACAGCAACAGCGAGCGCAGUCUCUCACGCUCAUCGCAGUGUGGCAUCAGCGAGGGCAUGGCAAUGCACAGCAGCAGCGCAACUCCGUCCCCGAAUGCCAGCUACAAGCGCGAAAGGGAACGAGAAAGGGAGAGGGAGCGGGAACGGGAACGGGAACGGGAACGGGAGCGGGAGCGAGAGAUUGAGAGAGCACGGAGCAAUACGCCGGGUGCAACACCCCCGCCAUCACAGACAUCAUCGCAUCACGGACAUCCAGCACCACCGCCGCACUUUAGUCAACAUCCGCUGGCAAUGCUAUCGAGCCAUCACCAGCAUCAGCUGCAUUCGCACCACGAGCUGUCGCCUGGCGCUGCCCAUGCGGUGGUUGCUGCACAUCAUGCGCAUGCUCUGGCCCGCGCCGCCUCGCCGCUUGUGGACCGCCACCACUUAUUGCAUCAGCACCAUCGGCGCGCCUCGCUAUCGCCCUCGGCGUCAGUCAGCAGCGGCGGCGGCGGCCGCGGAUCCGCCGGCAAUGCGGCCAGCAAUUUGCUGAGUUCAGCGCGCGCCAGCGAUGUGGCGCAGGCCAACCGCCUGCUCCUGCCAUUGCCGCUGAAUGCGUGCCAUCGCUGCGAUGUGUGCGGCAAGCUGUUGAGCACGAAGUUGACGCUGAAGCGGCACAAGGAGCAGCAGCAUCUGCAGCCAUUGAACAACGCCGUCUGUAAUCUGUGCCACAAGGUUUUCCGCACGCUCAACUCGCUGAACAACCACAAGAGCAUCUAUCAUCGUCGGCAGAAGAAUCACCACUCGUACUUCCAUCACAGUGGCGGAGUCGUUGGCCAGGCGGGCAGUCCCGGCAGUCGGCUGCAUCAGUCGCUCAGCUCGCUGACCGCUGUAAACAACAGCGUCGGUGGCGGUGGCGCCGGUGGUAAUGCUGUGGCUGCUGCCGCGGCUGCCGCAGCGGCUGCUGCGGAGCUGCUGCUGUCGCCAAUUGUGGGCGCCGCUGCUGUCGCUGGGGGUACGGCAAGCUCGACGCUGCAACUGGCGGCGGCGCAUCAGCAGCAGCAGCAACAGCAACAGCAGCAGCACCAGCAGCAGCAGCAGUCCUCGCCGAACAUAGUCAAGCCAUGCAUAGACUUCUUAUAAGAUCAGCAUCAACUCUUGCAGCAGCUGUUCCAUGUUGCGCUCAACAACUCAGCAGCAGCAGCGGCGGCAGCAUCGGCCUGCCAGCCCCAACCUGGCGAUUACGUCGGCCAGCAGGUGGGCGCCACGCCAACGGUUGACCUAACCCAAUUGGACCAGGGCAGCGGUGGCGUCUAUGCGGCGGCGGCCGCAGCAGCGGCAGCUGCAGCAGCAGCGGAUGGGGGAGUUCCAGACCUGCGUGCCCUUCAUCUGCAUCAGCAGCAGCAACAG